UGCACGGAAAAAUAUGAAGAAACUCCUAGGUAUUUAAGUGCACCAUCCUGCACAAAACAAAGAGAACCUGGAAGACUAGAAUAAAAUGACAACAGUGCCGUUUUGUAGGCGGAUGGGCGUAGCAAGGCCUGACCCCACCCCUCCGCCACAGGUGUGAACAGCAAAGAACCUUCGAUACGCAUGCGUGCAGGAGAGCAGUAGCUGUCUAUAACUGCUGCUGCCCGUCAUUAAAAGAAGCCCGUGUAUAUACAGUACUGUAUAUUUGUUAGUCACUCACCUAGAGAUGUCAGAAAGAGAGAGAAGUUCGGAUCGCGACUCUUACCGGCCUCGGAGCCGUGAGAGAGACCCAGAGCGUGGCAGAAACGCGCAGAGCCAACACAACAGGGACUCUUCGGGAGGUAGGAGAAACCGAGACAGACACCGGCCAGACGAAAGGUACAACGGAGAGGACCGACGGAAUGGCCACUCGGCAGAGCGAGAGAGGGAGCGGCGCUACAGAUACGAGCGCGACUCGUCGGGUAGUCGUUACAAGUACAGAGAAGAAAAUGAAGCGCCGUACCCUGAAGACCCUCCGCGGUAUAAAGACCUUCACGUAAACAGAGCGGAGCCCCGCCACUACGCGGAGAAAUACAGUGAUGCACCUGUGUUCUCUACUUCAGCCAGACAUGAGUAUCCACAAGAAGAAAUGGAAUAUUAUGAGCCAGAGUCUUCUAUAAAUCUAUUCAACUGUUACAAAUGCGGAUACUUUUGCACAGGCAGAGCCUUGUGCCAGGCUGUGGAGAUCCUUAUAAACCUGCUGCUCUUGAUCUGCGCUGGUGUGUUCUAUAGCAACUCUGAGACUUACCUUGACGUAGCCAGCCUUGGUGGAGUAUACGCCUACUACUACGGAGGGGCCAACACUUUUACAGGCGCCGAGGCAGAAAAAGUGAAGCAGCUGGACUCCCAGUUCUAUCAGCUGAAGCUGCCUGUUGUUACAGCCACCAUGGCCUUUGCAGGCGCUCUCCUGGGCUACUGCUGCCUGAUGGUGGUUCUGGGUGUUCUACGCAUUCCUUUCCGGUGCCCCCCAUGCCUGCUUUUGGAGAGUGCCUUGAACAUUUUAAUUGGGUUAGGCUACAUCCCAUGCCUGGCCUUUUAUUUCCUGAAGUUGCAGGAGGUGUACAACUCUCAGACGUGCCAGGACAGACAGCAGAUGUACAGCUCCAAAGGAAUUCAAGGAUACAGCUGUGGCAUGAGCGGGACAGACAUUGCAGGAGGACUCUUUGGAGUGAUUGGCAUUAUUGUAUUUCCUAUUGGCGCCAUUCUAGCCAUACGAGCUUUCAGGAGGGUGCAGCAGUUAAAGCAAGGACCGCAGGGUGAAGGCUGCUUUUAGAAACGGGGGCAUCAAAGACGGAAUGAAUUGCGGACCAACAUCCUAAAACUGGCAGACACACAAUGGCAAAUGUCAAUGUGACUGUCUACAAUCCUCUUAGUCAGAUUUUUUUUUUUGGGUCCAGUUUUUAAAUGUUGUAAUUAGAAGGCACGAUGUACAGUACUUUAUAAAAUGUUUUACAAUUGUAGUGUGUGCCACUUGAGUCCAUCUCAUUUAACUCUAAUGCAUGGACUCUGUCAAGCAAGGGUUUAUGAUAAUAAAUAUUUCAAUGAGUUGAAUUCUCUUUGUGAUGCAAAAAUCUAAAUUUCCUUUGAUACUUGAUGAUUCUGUCUGUAGUGUAUGGUCAUCUAAACAUAAAUAAUGACUUCAAUAUUAAUUUAGAAAUUCAUUCUAUUUAGCAUAAAGUUGGAGUGCCCAAGGAUGGCCUGAUUCCUGCCUUGCUUUGACUACUUGUACCCCUACAAGGGCUAACUCCAGGUCUAAUGAAGGACGGACAUUUGGAAGGAAAUGUGUGCUUAAGUGUACAGUCUCCCACCUUACACGUGUAUUUGUUUAAAGAAAAAUAAAACACUAUUUUUUCUUAAGAAUAUUUACAGUGAAAGCUGGAGCGAGAGAACAUACAAGUAUGAAAAGGAAGGUUCUUGUGACAGUUCUCUUCAUUGCAUAUACCGACUGAUAACAUUCAUGGCUGCUGUUAACCCGUCAGUUCAUAAAUUCACCAAAAGUGUCCUUACUUGGCAUUGUCCUCUUUACAUGAAUUACUGAAGGCAGUUUGGAGCCACGUAAAUGGGAGGGCGGUGGACAGUAAACCUCUUGUGUACAUUUAUGUUCGGAAGAGCCUAAAUCGACAUGGUUUUUUAUAAACUUUGAUUCUUUUUAAUGUUACAAUAUUUUAUAUUUAAAAAGCAAAAAUAAAGACUGCUUAAUUUUUAUGAUGA